UCAGGGCCGGGGGCAGCACAGGUGCUGGAUCUAGGCUGGUGGGGCCCUGACACACCCACUAGCUUGAAGGGUUUUCCAUCCUAUCCAGGGUUUACAGUUUCGUUCAAUGGCUCUCAGUGCCCCCCACUGUACAGAUUGUUUCAGCCCCCCCUGUCUGGGACUAGGAGCCAGGAAUAAGAACAGAGUACAGCAGGUGGGGGGUGAACGUAGGGCUGAGGAAGGCAAGACCCUCCACUGUAGGGGCAGGACCCCCAACCCCUGAGAACCCCCAACAUCCCUCCAACCCACUGAGCCUGUGGCCCCAGCCUCCCUGGUCCUGGAGCCCAGGGAGGAUGCACGGCCCCAUCCUCACCCCGAGGGCAGCCGAAGGAGAAGCCUGAGACGCUCCUCACAGGGGCCGUGCACCCCACCUCCGCAGUCAGCUGUGACUCUCAGCCAGCUUGGAAAACAGACGGGUUUAUUGGUCGCUGGGAACACAGCAUAGAACAGAGCUUGUUAGCACAGAAAUCAGGAGCCUUCAGCAAAGUCCAUCUUGGGGAGAAUCCAAAGUCCCGAGUCCUGGACUCUCCUCACUGAGUCCCAAAGCAGGAGACUGACCCGCUUCCAGACCCGCCUUCCUCAGUGAUGCCCAGCUGCCUCUGUGCUUUCUCUCUUUCCAGGAAAACAGGUCACCUGGCUUCCCCCUCUCUCUUUGUUCUCCAACACCUUCAGCUGGCUGGCUCCUUGCCAUGAUACAGAAUUUUGGCCAUUCUUUAUGCCCAGGCAGCCACUCUGCAGUCACACCUGCCCUCUGGAGGUCUCUGCAAUGAUCACACACCUGUAUCCCACCAGCUUGAAACUUGAGUAACACGUGGGGAAACUGAGGCACACACAGUAUUCAGAGAAAACAUUAAGAACAUUCCCACUUCAUCACACCCCUCUGAGACCAGCCUAGGGGCUCUUUCUCCAGUGGCUGGAACCACUCUAACCAUACCAGUCCCUGAGCCUGAGCCUCCAGGUGAUGAAGAGACCUGGUGAAAGGGCUGGAGCUGGGCAGGCAAAUGACUCUGCACAAAGGGCCCCUUUCAGGGACCAGCUGGCUGAGGAAUCGUGUCCACAUUUCGCUUCAGAUCGGUCCUUCUUCCAGGAGACACGGCAGGGAAAUGGCUGUGAUGGAGCCAGCUCAGGAGCCGGUGACCUUCGAGGAGGUGGCUGUGUAUUUCACCCAGCGGCAGGGGGCUCUGCUGGACCCCACUCAGAGAGCCCUCUACUGUGACGUCAUGCGGGAGAACUACGAGAUGGUGACCUCGCUGGGAUUUCCCCUUCCCAAACCUGACCUGAUUAGCCGGCUGGAACGAGGGGAAGAGCCGUGGGUGCCCGAUCUCCAGGGCUGUGAGGAAAGAGAGGUCCCAAGAGGCACCCACACAGGGAUGGAUAAGCGCACUAAGAAGAAGAAACUAUCUGGGUGGGACAGAAAGAAGAUGAAGGAAGAUGCAAAUCAAGUAAAAGAAUCGUCAAAAUAUGUGAGGUUGGAGGCCUACUUUUCCUUCGACACGCCCACAACGUCUUUUGCACCAGAGGCGAAACAUUCUGAACACUUGCUACCUACCUUCAGCCAAGGAGCUGGAGACGUGGCCCUGGCCGUUGUGGCUUCACCAGAGGUAAAACCGUCUGAAGACUUGCUAGUACCUACCUUCAACCUAGGAGCUGAUUACAGCAUCCGGGCUGCAGCGGCUGCACAGGUAGUGGAAGUGGAGUCCUCAGACCUAAUUACUUCAGCAGACUAUCCUGCAGAGGACAAGAAUGACAUUGUAAGACUCCAUGCUAUCAUUGACACACAUAGGGAAUACCCAACAGAUCCACACUUGUUUUGUGACACACCUGUAACACCUGAUCUAGUACGUGCUCUGCUUGAGUUAGGCCCUUGUCAGCCAGGACUUAAAGAUAAUUUUGACAGUUUUCCAAAAGAUGAAGCUAGACGUCAUUUCAGUGCCAAUUGGUACAAACAAAAACAAGUAAAAAGUGUUUCUACUAUUGACCGGCACUGGCUGGUUUACUCACCAAGAGCAAACACUAUGAUUUGUUUUGCUUGUUGGCUUUUUGCAAAUCGGUCGAAUGCUUGGAGUGAUCCAAAAACUGGUUGCAAGAAUUUUGCUAAAGGUAAGCAGAAAAUUGAAAAACAUGAAAAAAGUGAAAGUCACAAAAAAGCAGAGAAAGAACUUUUCCUUACCAAAUUCCGAUUGUUCAACGAUAGAACAGCCUUGGCUGGUCUAAUGGCAGAAAGGAAAGAGAUAGAAAAAAAUAGGAUGAUUUUAGGACGUAUUAUAGACGCAGUUCUCUUUUUGGGGAUUCAGGGAUUGGCAUUCCGCAGUCAUCGCGAGUAUCGAGGUUUAGGUUCCCCAAGUACAAAUGAAGGCAAUUUUUUGGAACUUAUUAAGCUGUUGGGUAAAAAUGAUACAUUACUGAAACAACAUUUAUUAUUGAGUGCUCGAAAUGCAACAUAUCUCAGUCCUGACAUACAAAAUGAUCUGAUACAGUCCUUAUCAGCCGAGCUUCUAUCAAAGAUAGUAGCUGAAAUCAAAGUAGCUAAGUACUUUGCCGUAAUUGUUGACUCUACUAUUGAUAUCAGCAGAACUGAUCAAUUUUCUUUAUCCUUACGAUAUGUAACAGUAAACGGUGAUGCAGUGGAACGAUUUAUAAAAUUCAGUGAAUUAGCUGGAGCAAGUGCUGAAGAUGUUUUCAACAUUCUUCUUUCAGCAAUCAAGAACUUGGGGCUGUCAAUUACUAUGUGUUACGGUCAGUCUUACGAUGGAGCAAGCACCAUGUCGGGGGAAAUAGCAAGUCUCCAAACUAGGAUACGGGAAAUUGCUCCAAAUGCACUCUUUAUGCACUGCUGUGCACAUAAUUUUAAUUUAAUUCUGAUUGAUGCAUUAAGCUCCAAUAUUCAAACUCGGUUGUUUUUUGGAACUCUAGAAAGUCUGUAUACUUUUUUUUCUGGCAGUUUACCUCGUCUUUCAAUACUAAACGAGGAACAAUGCAAUCUUAUUGAAUCUUUCGCAUUAACUCUGAAGAAACCUUGUGAUACCAGAUGGGCGUCUAGAAAGUCAGCAGUAGAGGCAGUCUUGCAAAAUUUACCAGCACUAGUAACUGCCCUGCAAAGAAUUGUGGAUGGUGAGAUAAAAAACUGCACUCCUAAACAGCUCGCUGAGGCAAAGGGUAUUCUGACAACACUCGAUACUUAUGAAUUCUUAGUUCUUCUUAUAUUCUGGAGUAAAAUGCUAAAGAAGGCUUUCCAUCUAUCCACCUAUUUACAGAAAAGUAGUCUAGAUCUGGUAACAGCUUCUCAUUUGAUUCAGAUUUUUGAAAAUGAUAUGAAAAACAUUCGAAGUGAAUUUGAAUCUGAAUUCAAACAGAUUGAGAAGGAAGCAACCGAGUUGGCUCAAAAAUGUGAUAUUACUACGGAAUAUAAGCAGCACAGAAUACGUAAGAGAAAAAGAUUCCAUGAGGAAAUUGCAGAGGAUGAAGAAGGAAUAUUUGAUGCCCGGGAGAAAUUCAUAGUUGAAUCCUACUUAGUGUCCUUAGAUUCUGUAAUAAAUAGCACAAGUAAAAGAUUCGAGCAUUUUAAAAAUGUGGCUGCCAAAUUUAGUGGUUUAGAUCCAAAGCAUUUUGACAAGGCGGAUAACGUGAAGAAAUUAGAAUUUUUGGCAGACAUGUACUCAGAUGUGAUCGACAGUCAAACCAAAAUUGUGGAAGAGUUUCUUUCAUUUAAAGACAUUUACAAAGAGAUAAUGAGCACUAGCGAUAGGGUAAAGUCAAGUGUCGACGAGAAACCCACCAUCAACAGUGUACUGAAAUUCAUGAUCGCCAAUGAUAUGUGUUGCAUUUAUCCUAACCUUUCGAGAUUGUACCACAUUUUUCUGACCUUGCCAAUAAGUAGCGCAGUUGCGGAACGACCGUUUCGCCGACUCAAACUUAUAAAGUCCUAUCUGCACUCUACAAUGGGUGAAGAUAGGUUGUCUAGGUUAGCUUUGCUCUCCAUUGAAAGACAGUUAGCUACUGAAGUAGAUUAUAAUAAAGUAAUAGAUAACUUUGCUAGAAUGAAGCUUAGACGAAAGAGGCUGUUGUAGUUGCUUCAUAGAUGAUCAUAUUGUUUUGAUCUUAUCUUUUGAAAUAUAAAAUAAGUAAAUAACACGUGUUUUUAUUAUGUUUUGAUUUUAUAUACAAUAUAAAUAGAUGUCAUACUGUAAAACUGUUUUUAUAUUUUAAAUGCAAAAUAACACAUGUACUUGUAAAACAAUAUCAUUCUUGUGUUUUUAAGUACAAAAUAAAUAUGUAUAAUGAAUUUAAAAGUAUGUAAUCAGUAAUUUGAUAUGUCAGGUGGUGCCUUUUUUUUAUGUGUUCGCUUCCCCUGAUGUUAGAACCUGGCUACGCCACUGCUUAGACUGAGGGAAAAGUUUCAUACGGAGGUCAAACCUUGUUUUACAUCAAGCAGUCCACACUAGAGAGACUCCAUAAGUGCUUAAUCUGUGGGAGAAGUUUCAUACAAAAUUUUGACCUUGUUAAACAUCAAGUAAUCCACACUGGAGAGAGACCCCAUAGGGCUUAGACUGUGGGGAAAGUUUCAUACAGAGGUCAGACCUUGUUAAACAUCAGGCCCGAAAGCAUUUAGAACCUUGCAGGCUAAUUGACCCAGCUUCAACCUUUACAGACAUGUUAGAAAAGUGUAUAAAUGGUAUCUGGGUCCAUUCCAAGUAAUAAAGACUAGAACUUUGAAAUGUAACCUGGUAUUGUUAAGAAAUUGGAAGAAAAUAGUAGUGUUGUUCAUUAAUUGCAGUUAACUCUUGUGAUUAACUCAAAAAAUUCAUCGUGGUUAGAAAAAUUAAACUUGAUGAAUCCAAUUGUAAAACAAUAGACUAGCAAUUGAAAUUUGUUAAAUGUUUUUGGAUGUUCUUCUGCAUUUUCAUAUAUAAUGAUUUCUCUCACAACAAAGAAGAGAGAGUACAGUGCUCACUUUAUAUUAUUUUUUAUUACAAAUAUUUGUACUGUAAACAUUCAAAACAAAAAACAUAUUUUUCAGUUCACCUCAUACAAGUACUGUAGAGCAAUCUCUUUAUCAGGAAAGUGUAAUUUAGAAACAGAGAUUAUUUUAAUUGUAUAAGUGCAUUAAAAAAUAAAACAAUUGAGAACUUGA